AUGAGUUCUUUCAGAGUGGCCCUUGCGACGGCCUCUGUGGCCUCUUGCCUCAUGCAGGCCGCGGCUGGGCUGCCGACGCUGGAGGACCGGGGGAUCGAGGCCCGGAUCCCUGUGACCGACAGAACCGGCCUGCAUAAAGAGGCCUGGGGUGCGACGGCCUUUGCUGCUACCUAUGCGCGAUGGAGCAAGGAGGUGCCGCAGUCGCUGCGGAAGUAUGUGAAGUGGAGCGAGGACCCCGCUACACUCGAGGCCGAAUCCAUCUUGGACAUUUUCUUCGUCUCCGAGCUCAAAGUGGGCAGCGCCCGGGAGCCCAUCAACCUGAUUCUCGACACGGGUUGGAUCAAGGCUGGCGACACCUCGGGCAACUCGAUAGCCUACCACCCUGAAAAAUCCGAGACAGCCAUCGAGAUUGAGGACAGCGAGUUCCGCAUCCACUAUGCCGACGGCGACUUCGCCUGGGGCAGCGUCUGGCUCGACACACUCGAGCUCUCGCCGACGCUCAUCGUCCCCAACACAUCCAUCGGCGCAGCAACGUACAUGUCGGACCGGCUGCGCGCCGACAGCGUGACGACGGGCCUCAUGGGCAUCUCCAAGGCGCUCGAGGCGACGACGCGGCCGCCGACGCCCACCAUCAUCGAGACGCUCUCGCUGCACCUGGCGCCGGACCAGCGCUUCAUCGGCGUCGACCUGCGCGCCAACUCGUCGGCGGGGCAGUACACCUUUGGCGCGCUGCCGACGCGCCUCUACACGUCGGCCGACGUGCGCUGGGCGGCGCCCGUGCCCGACUCGGGCCACUGGGACUUUGGCGUGAGCCGGUUCCGGCUCGGCGCCAUGGCGCCCGACGUCUGGGUCCAGCGGCCCUUUGUCGCGACGGCCGACACGGGCACGACGCUGCUCAUGCUGCCGCGUAACGUCGUCGAGGUCUACUACUCGGCCCUGCCGGCGGCGCACAAGGCCGACGAGUACGGCGGCGCCUGGGUGUUCCCCUGCGCCGACGAGGCGCCCGAUUUCGAGUUUUGGGUCGGCGACGGUGACGGCGAAGACGACGGCUACCGCGGGCGCGUGCCGGGGGCGUAUGUGCGGUACGCGCCUGCGAGCCAGGACGACCCGGACACGUGCUUUGGGGGUAUCCAGGACGUUGAGCUCAUGCUGGAGGGGGUCGAGGACAAGCCGGAUGCCAUCUUUGGGGACGUGGCGCUCAAGAGCAUGUUUGUCGCCUUUGACAUUCAGGAGGGGAGGGUUGGCUUUGCCGACAAGGAGCUCGAGGUCUGCUCGUUUGAUCGGAGCUGCCAGGGGAACCCACUUGACACGGGCGAGCUGAAGGGAUGGGGGCAGUAG